AUCCGGACGACGCGGAGAUUAUUGCCACCGACACCGUGGUCGCGGUGGAUUCGAUGGACACCGAGCCGGUUGGCCCGACCGUGUCGUAUGUCGCACAGGUGCCUGACCCGGCGAACGGCCUUUUCGUGCGGUAUGGCAUUCGUGAGGGGCCCCAGCGGGAGUGGUUGUUUCUGGCACCGCUGGCGUCUUCGCUCACGGGCCCGAGAGGCAGUGCCGCGUAUCCGCGAUUUACCCCGCUGCCCGUGGCCUCCGUCUUCGAUCUCUCCCCCGACGACCUGCGCCUGUCGGUUGGCUUCCAGAAGGCGGGAUAUUGCGUGCAGGCCGCAGUCGGCUUUGCCGAAGACCGCCACCAGGCAUGGAAGACGCAACAUCCCGAUGCCACCGUCUACCCGGGCUGUGUUGCAUCCGCCCUCGCGACGAUGGACGACGACCUGUCCACGCAACCGGAUGACAGAGGGCGCGAUGUACCCCGCAUUGUGACCAUUAGUGGCGAGGGGUCUUUCGCUAAAUCAGCCGCCGGGUGGCUCGACCCUAGCUCCUCGGGCUUUGAUGGCAUCAACAGUCUCUCCGGGGAGACACUGAGUCCGCUCCAACAGUGUGAGCUCGCGGCGCAGUCUCCAGGGCUGAGUCCGGACUUCAUCGUGCUGACGAUGUCCCGGUCGAUCUUGACAGACCAGUCGUGGGGCUCGCUGGCUCGCACCAUGGGUCUUCUCCUCAAGCAAGGGUAUGCGGUGGCGCUGCGGCCGGUCUCUCUGCCGGAUCCGGGGCAGCGUGGCGAGCGAUCGGUUCUCCUCCUCGCCGCCCCGGGCCGCACCGACCCACAGUGGAUCGAUGACACGCUUUCCGACCUGCGAAUGGUGUCGGCCUCGGACGAGCUGCUGGAAUGUGCGGAGAACGAAACCGGCGUCUCUGGUGUUCCAGCCGCGGAUGGCAUAGCGGCAGCCAGGUCGGCGGAUGUAGGCGAUGCUAGUCCUCCAGCGGAUUCUACUCCUCGGCAUGGUGACAGCGUUCUCGCGGAUGGCGCACAACAUAUUGCCGCCACGGUCUCCCGGAUUAUUGGAGAAUUUUCAACCAAGUGCGCGCUGACGACGAAUCUCCCCCAGUUGGUUGUGACCGACAAUUCGGAUGGCACGCAGGACAGAGCUAAGCGACAGAGGAUGUAGGCAGGAGCAGGUGAAAUCAAUUUAAAGAUGUGUUUGUAAAUUACAGCACCUUGCUCCUCGUUACUAUUCCAAUCUUUUUUUUUUCGCUUGUUCCCUUCUGUCUUGUCCUAUAAUCUCGGGCGUCACAGCAGUAUUAGUCGAAUGUGGUCGUUGCUCUCAG